AUGGAUUGGUUAGUUGAGCACCGAGUUGGUUUGGAUUACGCAACUAAGAGGGUUGCUCUGAGGACUGUGAAAGAUAAAGAAGUGGUUAUGAUUAGUAAGCGUCGAGAUUAUCUAUCUAAUGUGAUCUCUACUCUUAUGGCUGAGAAAUUGGUUCAAAAAAUGUGUGAGGCGUAUAUGGCUUUUGUCAGUGUUUCAUUUCUUGGGGACUCUACUGUCGGGGAUAUCAAAAAAGUGAAGGAUUUUCUAGAUUUCUUUCCUGAGGAGUUACCGAGUUUAUCUCAAAAUCGGGAAGUUGGCAUUGAGCUUUUAUCGGGUACAACUCUGGUGUCCAUCGCUCCUUACUGUAUGGCACUGAAAGAGCUUACAGAGCUUAAGGCUCAACUUCAAGAGCUUCUGGAUUGUGGUUUUAUCUGCCCUUGUGUGUCUCCCUAG